AUGAAGCUGGACGUGGUUGAUGCUCGCUAUUGUAUAAAUAUUUGGAUAGACCAAGAUAACGCAAUUGUUGGUUCAAGCUUCAAUUUAUUUCCGUGGUUUUCCGAUAAGGUUGUCUCUGCUGAUGUCUUCCAUGAAUGUGACAGCGCUGGCUACGUAUUGAAUAGGGAGACAGGCCAAUGUUUGAAAAUAGUUCCAGAGAAGAAGAACUGGCACGACGCCCAACAGUACUGUGAGGACGACGGUGGUGCAUUAGUUAUGUUUGAGACACCAGAAAAGACGGCUGGUUUAAGACAUAUGUCAUUCUUUUAUAACGGUAAAUCCAGGUCGUUCUUUGUCGGAGUAACAGAUAUAGCAUCAGAAGGUGUGUGGACUUGGCUGGAUGGUACUUUACUACAAACACAGGACAUAAAUACAAAAUUCAACAAUGCAAACUUGAAAGAUGCGGUCAAUACAUCUGCUGACUGUGGUGCUUUCAACCCGAAACUUUUUCUUCUGUUUGACGCCAAGUGCUCCGCAAAGCUUCAUUUCAUUUGCGAACGAAGGAAUUAG